AAAAAGAAAAAGAAAGAAAGAAAUCCGGGAAAAACACUUCACAACUUAAUCCAAUAUAAGCCCAGGUAUACUCCUGUGUCAAAAAACACGGACAACUAAAAGAGCAAAUUCAAAGUGAAACUUCAAACAAAGGGAAAGAACGGACCGAACAAUAAAGUAGUUGUAUCCUGACUGAUAUAACCGGCAUAGACCAAUCUGUUUCCUCGGAAUACCGGAGUCAGUACACCUCAGAUAUACGUGUAGCUGGCAUGUCGGAGGCAUGGCUGAAGACAACUCCUCUGACAGCGCACCAACGCUCUCCACAUGCAGUUCGGCAAUCGUGAACAGCACGACCCAAGUAAGUUCAAAUUUAUGUACCGGAUCAGGUCAAUCAUCUGGUGAUUUUGAUAGUGAGCCUACUUCAGUUGCCGCGGAUGAGCACAGGUCACAAAAUGUCCAGUGCUAUAACGCGCCGUACCCGCAGUUCGUGAAUCCGAUGUACACACCAGGUGUUCCCUCUGCAUCAACACUUCAGGCUGAUAUGUGUGAUGGCAUUCCGGGAGACGAUGGCAGUGACAACAACACGCUUCAUACAGCUGCUGAGAGCGGACAAACAGUCAAUGUUACCCCGGGCGAUGACAACAUUGAACCGGACCAACCAGAUGAGAUUCAGGCUGGUAACUCUGACGGCAUCCGGCCAUGUGCUGUAAGGUACCAGGAAGCAGCAGCUGAGGGCGGACAGACAAUCGAUGGUGACAUUGGUGAUGACAAUAUCGAACCUUACGCCGUUUGUGAAGAAGACGUGCAAAUGACUGUGUCUCCAGGACACGCCCCGGCCUCUGAUGAAAAAGGCAACACCGUUGGGCAGCAGCAAGCAACUUGCGAUGCAUCCGAUGCAGGCAUAAACAAGAAGAUGAAAUGGUGGAAUCUUUGCAAAAUGAUGUUCAAGAUCACCAGCAUCAUUCUCAUAUCCAUAUCAUUGUUAUAUUCAACAGUCAAAGCCAACACUCUUUCUUCGGAGGUGACAAAACUUUCCUCGGUGAUAGCCAAGCUUUCUACUGAGAUGGGCAACAGGUUCAGUUCAAUAGAGUUGCGACUGAAGGAGCAAGAACGCUACCCGCCAUCCAGCUGCACUGAAGUUGCAGAGAGAGGUGGAUUUGAUACCCAGGCGUUCUACGUCAUCGACCCUGACGGACCAGGGCGUGGGGUCCGGCCGAUGUUCGUUCACUGUGACCUUGACGGACAAACAGCAAUAACGCUGAUUGGUCACGACAGUGAAACACGGACACAUGUGAAAGGGUUUGAAGGUCGUGGCAGCUACUCCAAGAACGUGACCUACUGGAACAGCCUGGAGCAAGUGAGAGCUGUGGUGAAUCAGUCAUCGCGAUGCAAACAGCUAAUCAAGUAUGAAUGCCAUGGUUCAUUCAUCUGGAAGUCGAAUGUAAGACGCCAUGCCUGGUGGGUGACUUGGGACGGUCGCCAGGCUGACUACUGGGGAGGUGCCAGUCCUGGGAGCGGGAAAUGUGCCUGUGGUGAAACAGGCACAUGCCGGGGUAGAUGCAACUGUGAUGUCAAUGAUUACACAUGGCGUGAGGAUUCUGGAUUCCUGUCCCACAAGAAUGACCUGCCGGUCACCCAGCUCAGGUUUGGGGAUACCGGGGAUACCUGUGUUCUUCCUGAAGAUGAAGAAGGCUAUCACACCCUGGGAAAACUCAUCUGCUAUCCCUGAGUCUCUCUGUGGAUAAUUGUAAGUCUCUUAAAGACAUAAAACAGCACAUCAGUGUUCACUUGAACAUUUUUAAGUUAGCAUUUUAGCAAUUUACUAUUGUUAUGUCAAUGGUUUUGAUCAAUGAUCUGUUAUAAUUUGAACUAUCCUUAUGACAACUGUUAUAAUCAAGGAUUUGUUGUGAUUUAAAUUAUUGUUAUGACAAAU